CUUCCUAUAUACACGUGUUCGAUGAUAAAAUAUGUACACACAACAUACACUACAGGUAAAGAACCGGUCCCGUCCCGUCCUGUACCGAGUUAAACAGGUACAGAUCCCAUCCCGUUCCAUAUUGCACAGAUACAGGUACAAGGUACAGGUACCAGCCAUAGGAAGGUACAGGUACUGAGCUAGGGAAAAAUCCGUACCCUACCGUCCCAUGUGCAGCCGUGCCGAAGAAUAGAACAUUUGGGCUCUUGGUGAGAUUUUAAGUUCUUAAACCGAGUUCCACUUUCUGUCAAAAGAAAAUUUUCAAAAAACAAUAAAACACUGAGUUCCACUUUAAAAGCUUUGCUCUUUAUGAUUCAUUCAUUGAAUAUCUCGUCACAGUCCAUGUGCUCACAAAUCAAACAGUGAACUUUUCUCUCCCAGUCUUCCCAGAAUCCAAUCGGCAUUCACCUCCAUUGAAAUCUACUAAUAAUCAUGUAAUCUUCCGUUCUCAUUGCCUGCCCAGAAGAUUUUCUAGGCCGGUUUCUGUAAAAAAAAAAAAAAAUCUUCCUUUGAGCUUAAUUUCAUCAGAAACCUUGGAUUUUAACUCUGGGUUUGUUUAAGAUGGUUUCAACAAUUCAGAAGAAAACCCUUCAUUCAAUUUUAGCAAGUAAGUUAAACAAACUAUGUAUACCAUCUUCAACAUCACCAAAUUCUGGUGGUGGUGAUGAAGAUUUUGAUUUCUCUGAAGUAUUUGGUCCAUUAACUUCUUCAUCUACACCAUAUCUUAUGGACCCAGAAAUUAUUCAUAGUAGAUCUCAUUCUUUUGUUGGUCCUUCUCCUAGAUUUACAACUUCUACUUCUUUACCUUUAUCUAUUGAACAAGAAACUGGUUUACAAAGUUGUGAUGAAGAAGAAGAAGAAGAAGAAGAAGAAGAAGAGGAAGAAGAAGAAGAAGAAGAAGAAGAAGAGGAAGAAGAAGAAGAAAAAAAAGAAGUUAGUAAAAUGGGUCCUGGAGAUUUUGUGAUAAUGAGGGUUGUUGGGCAAGGGGCAUUUGGGAAAGUGUUUUUAGUGAGAAAAAAAGGGUUUGAUGAAAAUGAUGAGAGUGAUGGGAUUUUUGCAAUGAAAGUGAUGAGAAAAGAUACAAUUAUUAAGAAGAAUCAUGUGGAUUAUAUGAGAGCUGAGAGAGAUAUAUUAACUAAAGUUGAUCAUCCUUUUAUUGUUCAGCUCAGAUAUUCCUUUCAGACGAAGUCUAAGCUGUAUCUGAUCCUGGAUUUUAUAAAUGGAGGACAUCUCUUCUUUCAUCUGUAUCGGCAGGGAAUUUUCAGUGAGGAUCAAGCAAGGGUUUAUACUGCCGAGAUAGUUUCUGCUGUUUCACAUCUUCACGAGAGGGGAAUCGUGCACCGGGAUCUUAAACCUGAAAAUAUCCUUAUGGACAGUGACGGGCAUGUUAUGCUAACUGACUUUGGAAUGGCAAAAGAAAUUGACGAAUCAAGCCGAUCAAAUUCAAUGUGUGGAACAACAGAAUACAUGGCUCCGGAGAUCUUGCAGUCUAAGGGCCACAAUAAAGAUGCGGAUUGGUGGAGCGUCGGGGUACUCCUGUAUGAAAUGUUAACUGGCCAGCCUCCGUACACACACGCCAAUCGGCAGAAACUUCAACAGAAAAUCAUUAAAGAAAAGUUCAAGCUCCCACCGUUCUUGACCAGUGAAGCUCACUCUUUACUUAAAGCGCUACUGCAAAAAGAGCCAGAAAGAAGGUUGGGCAGUGGGCCUACCGGAGCAGACGAAAUAAAGAAGCAUAAAUGGUUCAAGUCGGUAAAUUGGAAGAAGUUAGACGAGAGAGAAUUCAAACCGAAGUUCAAACCAGAUGUAUCUGGCACAGAUUGCACAGCAAAUUUCGAUCAGUGCUGGCUAGCAAUGCCGGCGGACGACUCACCAGCUCCCACACCAACUUCAGGUGAACAUUUCCAUGGGUAUACAUAUGUUGCACCCAACCCAUGGCUAUCAAACGAGUCAUUAUGACUAAGCUAUGCCAAAAACCUUAUUUUUCUUCUAAUUGGGUGUCAUUGUAAAUUAUCAUGGGCAUUGCGUCAAUGGGUUGCAUACUCGUAAAACUGGUCUUCUGCAUGUUUAAUUUCCAAGUUUAUAACUUUUAUGGACCGAUGAUAAUAGUUAAAACUUAAAAUUGGAUUAUUAGUGAUCUU